CCCGUCGCCGCCCCGCACGAUCCCCUCCGCCUUCUUCGCCGCCGGCCUCCGGACCGCGCAGCUCCCCGGAGCCGACAAGGACCCGGCGCCAUGGGGUUCUGGGAGGCUUUUCUUAACUGGCUCCGCAGCCUCUUCUUCAAGCAAGAGAUGGAGCUUUCCUUGAUAGGGCUCCAAAAUGCUGGGAAAACGUCACUUGUGAACUCUAUUGCUACUGGAGGCUUUAGUGAGGAUAUGAUCCCUACUGUAGGAUUCAAUAUGAGAAAAGUUACGAAAGGAAAUGUGACGAUAAAGUUGUGGGAUCUUGGAGGCCAACCAAGAUUCCGCAGCAUGUGGGAGAGAUACUGCCGUGCGGUUUCUGCAAUUGUGUAUGUUGUUGACGCGGCAGAUCGAGAAAACAUGGCCAUUGCAAAGGGGGAACUCCAUGACCUCUUGAGCAAGCCAUCUUUGACCGGGAUUCCGUUACUAGUCAUUGGCAAUAAAAUUGACAAACCUGAAGCUUUCCCCAAGCAAACCUUCACAGAACUAAUGGGCCUAAAGACAAUCACUGACCGAGAAGUGGCAUGUUUCAUGACAUCUUGCAAGAACUCUACCAACAUUGAUUCUGUCAUUGAAUGGCUGGUGAAGCACUCGAAAAAGAAGAAUUGAACUUAAAUCUGCACUAGCUCUUAAAGCGCACUCCAGUCUUCCUCUUUUUUGCAUGUCGCAUAGCAUUGGAGCUGUAAAUUACGCAAGAGGUAUUGAUCAGGGAUUUUGUGUUUAUAAUUCUGUUAACCCGGUUUGGCAAUAUGUUGGUGGAUUGUCCU